AUGUUUCACCGUGCAUUAAGAAGUUCCUCGCUCCUCUUACCUCGUGUGGUCGCAGCUGCACCACUUCAAAUAGCCUGUGCAUCAGCCACGGCAUUGUCGCCAUCGAUCAGUCGUCUCUUUGUGAAUAACAAAAAGUGUAUUUAUGGAUUGGUUGUUCAGACUCACGUGUUCCUGCUGAGGAAAUUACUGGUCUUGCACCAGUAUGCUGUUGAAUAUCUUAAGGUGAAGGAUAUUAUUGUGUGUGGUCACUAUGGAUGCGGUGGUGUUCAUGCUGCUGUGGACAAUAAACACUUGGGGUUGCUUGACAAUUGGCUACGCAACAUUCGUGAUGUUGCCCGAAUCCAUAGCAAUGAGCUGCAGGAGAUUAGUGACCAUGAUCAACGUAUGCGGAGAAUGGUCGAGCUUAACACGAUCGAACAAUGCAUCAAUGUGUUCAAGAUUGGUCUGGUACAGCGUCAUCAAGUCAAGUACGGCUUUCCACGCAUCCACGGUCUUGUGUAUGACCUGAAGAAUGGUCAAUUGAACGAAAUGGACAUUGACUUUGACUCCUAUGUGCAAAAGUACCAAUCUAUCUACAAGCUGCACUCCUUUCCAGCUGAAGUCCCAAAGCAUCGAUCUCAGCUGCAAUGCAACAUGAUUCGAUCUCUCGCUGAGGGUCAUGACGAAGAGCCAGGUCGCGUGAGCGUCAAGUUCAUGAAGCGCGCUAUGUCCAAGGAGCCGAUUCUUUUCAGUGAGACAGAGAUAAACAGUGCAAUCACCAGGGCACAGGAAGACGAGACUGACGACAGUACUGUCGACAUCGAGAAGAUAGUUUCGUACUUCGACCAUUGA